AACUUUCUCAGAAAUUCCAUCAGUCAAUGACCCAUGACCAGAGCAUGUGCCACUGACAUUCUCCUAUUUAAUUUUAUUACAGUAAGAAUUUUCUUGCAACCUGAGCUUGCUUUGCUGUUUGCAAAAAAAAAAAAAAAAAAAAAAAAAAACCUUCCUUCAUUUCCCUUGAUUUCUCUCAUUCCGAAGAAGAAAAACAUGGCUGAUCAGGUGGGCUUGGCAUUUCUCUCUGCUUCACUCAACGUGUUGUUUGACAGAAUGGCAUCUCGUGAGGUGCUUCACUUCAUGAUGGGAAGAAAACCAACCGAAGCGCUCUUAAGGAACUUGAAGAAUGCAAUCCAGUCUGUGAAGUUUGUGCUUGAAGACGCGGAGGAAAAGCAACUUACGGAUUCUUUUGUGAAAGACUGGGUUGAUGAGUUGAAGGAUGUUAUCUACGACGCGGAGGACAUCUUGGAUGAGAUUGCUACUGAAGCCUUGCAAAGAAAGCUGCAGGACGCUGAAUCUAGUACCACUGCACUAGAUAAGGUACGAGACCGCUUCUCUCGUACUUUCCUUGAUACUUUUGUCAAUGAAGUAGAGACAAAAAUAGAAGAGGUACUUGAUAGACUAGACGAUCUAGUAAAAGCAAAGGAUUUUAUGGGUCUACAAGUAGGAGUUGGGGAAAAACAAUAUCCAGAAAGGCUGUCCACUAAUUCUUGCGUCUUAGAGUCCGACACUUUCGGUAGGGAUGAGGACAAGGAAGAAGUAAUUGACAUAUUGCUCUCGUCUGAUGUGAGAGGAAAUGAAAUGUGCGUGAUUGCCAUCGUUGGCAUGGGGGGAAUCGGCAAGACUACCCUUGCUCAACUGGCAUACAAUGACAGUCGGGUGGAACAACAUUUCAACCUUAAAAUAUGGUUUUGUGUUUCAGAAGAAUUUGCUAUGCCCAUGGUAGAGAAAUCUAUUAUAGAGGCAGCAACUUCGUCACCUUGUCCUGAAUUUAAGAAUCCAGAGCAGCUUCGAGUUAUACUAAAGAAGAGUUUGACGGGGAAGAAAUUUCUCCUUGUUUUGGAUGAUGUUUGGAGUGAGAAACCCAUUCAUCGGGAGUUCCUAGGCCAGCUCUUGCGAUAUGGGGCUCGAGGAAGUACGAUCCUUGUCACCACAAGGAAUGAUAGCGUUUCAUUGGCCAUGCACGCUAUUGCAACUCAUCAUCUAAAGCUAUUACCAAAGGAUGAUUGUUGGUCCCUUUUUGAAAAGCAUGCAUUUCGUAAUGGUAGCUCCAACGCAGAUCCAAAGAUAAAAAAAAUAGGUACUCAAAUUGUGGAAAAGUGCAAAGGUCUACCUUUAGCAAUCAAAGCCAUUGGCGAUCUCUUGUGGUCUGAAUCAAAUGUCGAGAGAUGGACGAAUAUAUUGAAAAGCAAUUUAUGGGAUCUUCCCAUGGAGGGGACAUACAUUCUUCCGGUUUUGAGGUUAAGUUAUAAGUAUCUCCCCUCAUAUUUAAAAAGAUGCUUUGCUUAUUGUUCGAUAUUUCCAAAAGGCCAUAUUUUUAAGAAAGAUCAAUUAGUUUUGUUAUGGAUGGCGGAAGGCUUCUUACAACAAUCCAAAAUACUAACUACGGAAGAAGUUGGCAAUCGUUGCUUCGAUGCUCUUGUAUCAAGAUCAUUAUUUCAACAAUUAAGUCAUGAAACUAAGUCAGGUUUUGUAAUGCAUGAUCUUGUCAACGACUUGGCAAAAUCCAUGGCUGGGCAAUUUGGCACUGAUAGUUUAAAAAAAAUUGUGAAGAUGACUCGCUAUGUAUCGUAUUUCGAUGAAAGUUUGGGUACGUUGCGGGAUAUUGAAGCUGAUCUUUUAAAGGCCAAACAAUUGCGCACUUUCCUUGCAUUACGUUUUCCAAGAGUAGAGUGUUGGGAAAACAAAAUGCCAAGGACAAUAUUGUGCUUAAGAGUUCUCUCCCUAGGCAGCAUAGGCUAUGGGAUUACUACGUUGCCUGAUUCAAUAGGCGAGAUGAAAUAUCUACGUUAUUUGGAUGUUUCUUCGGCAAAAUUUAACAGGUUGCCCGAUUCCAUAUGUAAUUUGUGCAAUUUGCAAACAUUGAAGUUAUCAUGUUGUAGGAAUUUGGAUAGAUUGCCAAGAGAUAUGUGGAAACUCAUUAAUUUACGUCAUCUUGAAAUUGAUGCAACUGACAAAUUAAAGGAGAUGCCGAUAAAAAUGGGUAGAUUAAAUUGUCUCCAGACGUUGACAAAAUUCGUCGUCAGCGACAGCAAACAUGACAAUGCCAUUGGGGCUAGCAUUGGAGAAUUGGGAAAACUAAAAAAUCUUCGAGGAAUUCUUUUAAUUCAAGAGCUCCAAAGUGUUAGAUCAGUCGAUGAAGCUUUGGAUGCAAGCUUGAAGGAUAAGGGUUACCUCGAGAAGUUGGUGUUAAAAUAUAAGCCUGAUCCACUUGGUAUUUCGGAAAGUCAAAGAGGUGUACUUGAAAAUCUGCAGCCGCAUGAAAACUUGAAAAGUCUCACCAUCGACUACUACAGCGGGGAAGGUUUUCCUGAUUGGAUAGGAAGGCUUACUUCAUUGUCUGAGUUGAAUUUAUUUAAUUGCAAAUAUUGUAGUGCCUUGCCACCCCUUGGGCAGCUACCUUUUCUUGAGAAACUCUGGAUUAGUGGGCUGCAUAGAGUUGUUAAUGUGGGUCCAGAGUUUUAUGGAAAUAGUAGUAAUUCUUCAAUGAAGCCAUUUGGAAGCUUGAAAUUUCUGCGGUUGGAGAAUAUGUUGAAUUUGGAAAACUGGUUUCAUUUGGGUGCUGAAAAUGAAGUUGAAACUUUUUCUCAACUUGAAGAUUUAUAUAUUAGAAACUGCCCCAAGCUGAGAGGAAGGUUGCCUGUAUAG